CUUGAUUCACGACUCGAUCACUAGCGGACUGUUUGAGUAGCUUGGGCGCGUGAUAUAUUUCUAAUUCGGGAUAAUAUAUCUUAGGGAGUGGUUUUGUUCAAAUAUGAGCAGCCCUUCUCGCUUUCCAUCGUGGUUUAUUAGUUAUCUAGUAUCCUGAAAUCUUGUCGCCUUAACCCCAUUAAAAUGGCCAAGAUGGGUCACUCCAGGUGCUUCUCCACCUACGACGAUGACUUCGAAUUCGACGAUGCCUACUUUAGGCAGUUUUAUAAGCCACUGUCUAACCUACCCACACCGCCGCCGUCUUCCAAAAAUUCGUCUGCUAUGCAAAGCCCGCGCAUCGACGCCGAAGAUGUCGAAAGUAUCAGCCAGGAAUUUUUAGGUCCUGCCGCCCAUUUAGCGAGGAUGCUACCGCCGGGGGCUUCCUUUAUGACGCCGUCUAUCCCGAUUAUCCAGGGCAUAUUAGCACGUGCCAGCUUGCCAAUGGAUAUCAUUGCUUUGGCGGUCUGCGUUUUAGAUUCGCUAAAUUCUCGAUUUUCUCGGAGUUGGCGGAUCUCUUUUCCCUUGGGCAAACAAAACGAACUGGGGCCGAAACGACAUACGCUCCCAUCUGGCGUGGUGCAAGCUGUGCAUAUCGACAAUGUAUUCCCCGAGAUUAUCGUUCUGGCCGCAUUGAUAAUCGCGGACAAGUUCGUGGAGGACUUGCAGGAAACAACUCAAUAUUACAGCUCUUCGUGGGGUCGAAAUCAAUGGACAUGCGAGCAGAUUAAUUUCACCGAGCGUUGCAUCAUGGAGAACCUAAGCUAUCGAAUCUUGCCCCUGUGGGAGGCGAAGUCGAUCAAACAGGCGAGACACGAUAUCGAAAUGGCACGAAGGGAGUUGCUCGACGCGGAAAACGAAAUUAGUGACGAGAGCAAGAUGGCCAAACACGUGAAGUCGAUGAGCUCUGGGCACGCCGUGAUGGGCUUGGGCAUGCAGCUUACCCCUGUGGAAACAGAAUUGGCUGCUCCGUUUAGUCAUAUUCAGGGCCUCGACCGAGAGACUCUGGAAGCAUUUAGCAACAACACGACCUUGUCGCGGGAUUAUUUGCAUAUACCAUCGACGACCGGACCUCAAUGAAUCGAAAUCACGAGCUGAUAAUGAUUCGAUGUAAACGAAGAUACCAUUUUGUUGCAUUGGAGCUGGGGUUAUGGUUGCGUUCGGCCCGUCCAUCGCGUUUCGACAGUCUUGUUUCUAUUUGGGUUUUUCUUAUUUGAUUCAUCCAUUCGGGUCAAGGGAAUUGUGCGUCACGGAGUUCAAGGAAGCCCGGAUUUUGGGUCAAGUGCUGGUCUUGAACCUCACUUGGGGAGUUGACAUAUGGGAGGACACGCGUCCUACGGAAUUAUACCCACUAGUAAUAUAUUGGUCUUUCAUGCAUCUACUGCACACCUGAUGGCAUCAACGCCUAGUCUGAUUGUUAUUUAGUGGGAAGAAGCUACUUGGGUAUAACAUAAUUUCGUACAUGGCCUGUUUAUAUCGCAUCAGGCUGAACGUCCGGACCGAUAUUCAUUGCUAGACUG